CGAUGCAUCGUGGAUGAUGAUGCGAGGACACGCUGUUCAACGCAUCGUAUGUCGCCUGCUAUCCAACGCGCCGUAUGUCACCUGCCGCGUCGCCUCAUGUCUUCCCCUCUGGCAGUUCCAUCUUGUCGUCGCCUCUUGCCGUCCCCUCCACCAUCCACCCAUCCCUAGCCGCCCGCGUACCCCGCAAUCGCAUGAGUGUCGCCCCAAAACGCCACGUCGGAUCCCCCUGCCCGCCGCGCCUCCUCCUCCUCUCCCCCCAUACAUCGCCCGCGCCGCCAUGACUUCGCCCGCGCUCAUUCUUCAACGCUCCUCUCCACCCAGACAUCGCCCGCGCCACCACGACUUCGCCCACGCCAUGACUUCGCCCUUCGCCCGCGCCGCCGACAAACUUGCGUAUCACCAACAAACUUGCGUAUCACCAGCAUACUUGCGUGCUCCCAACAGACUUCGCCCGCAGCUCGUCAGCCGCGGUGUACCCAGCCUCGGUCAUGCGAUGCGUACCCAGCCCAGCUGUGCGAGGCGUAUCCAGUCCCAGCUGAGAGAGGCGUACUUGGCCUCAGCGGCGAGAGGUCGCAGCCUUGCCCGGCUUUGCGAGGCAGCAGCCUUCCCCGGCCGUGCGAGGCAGAGCCAGGUGCCCACUACCCACCGCCUCUCGCACAAAGUCACCGCUCUCCGGACGCCACACUACCACUCUUCGGGCGCGUCGUGCGAGAUGUCCCACCGCCGCUCGCCGGCUAUGCCGUGCCCCGUCUCCGGCAGUAUGGACUGCACCAUCGCUCGCUCGCUACACGAGCUGUAUCUCGCUGCUCGCUACACGAGCAGUAUCCCGCCGACGCUCCACGAUGUGAAUCCCGCCGAUGCUCGAUGAGGUGCUCGCCGUCGCCUGACGAGCUGUAUCUCGCCGUCGCUCACCGAGCUGCUCCACCGGUCGCUCAAUGAAGUGUAUCCUCGCCGUCGCUCGACGAGGUGCAAAUCGCUGCUCGCUUAACGAGCCGCUCCACCCUCGUCGCUCGAUGAGGUAUACCCCGCCGCUCGUUGCACAAGCCGGCCCACCACCCGUUGCACGAGCUGGUCCACCACCCGUUGCACGAGCUGGUCCACCGCCUGUUGUACAAGCUGGUACAGAACCCGUUGCACGAACAGAUCCACCGCCCGCGGUACGAGUUCUCCAACACCGCGUCCUAGCUCUCGCUAAACGCGCUGCCGUAUCCCGUAUCAGGAGCCACCAUAUCGCGUAUCA